AUGGAUUAUUUUCUCUCUCUUUUGAUCACUGCAGCAAACUUGGUGUUGCACCAGACUGUGGAGCGCAUCCACGUGGGCAAGAAGUAUGGGGACAUCCCUCGAGGCAUCUUUGUUGUGAGAGGCGAGAACGUUGUUCUGCUGGGGGAAAUAGACCUGGAGAAGGAGAGCGACACACCCCUGCAGCAGGUCUCCAUCGAGGAGAUCCUGGAGGAGCAGCGGGUGGAGCAGCAGGCCAAGCAGGAGUCGGAGAAGCUGAAAGUGCAGGCGCUGAAGGAGCGGGGCCUCUCCGUCCCGCGGGCGGACACCCUGGACGAGUAUUAG